AUGGCUUCAGCGAGCCGGCGGGAGUCAGCCAAGUUCUUGAGAAAUCGCUUCAGGCCCUGCGAAGAUUGCCAGACCAAGGGCUAUCACAUGUUGCAGCACAAGCAGCGGGUAGUCAAGAAGGUCGAUCACCAAUCAAGCAAGAAAUGCGGCCAUGUUGACUGCCCUGAGGACGAUGAUGACGAUGAUGACGAUGAUGACGAUGACGAAUCAAAGGGCAUUGUGGCAAAGCAUGGCUUUCUGAAGGUGGCGCAGAAUAGGGUUGUGGACCAGUCUGGAGAGGUAGUGCGACUUCGGGGUAUGUCGCUGUUCUGGUCCCAGUGGAAGCCGCAGUACUGGACCAAAGGCACCACCCGUUGGCUCAAGAAGAAGUGGGGAAUCACUCUGCUACGAUGUCCAAUGGCCAUUGAGGCAGGUGGAUAUCUGACAAACCCACAAGAAGAGAUGAACAAAGUCAAGACAGUGGUGGAAGCAGCCAUUGAGCAGGGGAUUUAUGUCAUCAUUGACUGGCAUGACCACAAUGCUGAACAGCACGAACAGGAAGCUGCAGAGUUUUUUGGGCAAGUGGCCAAGAAGUAUGGUCAUCACCCCAAUGUCAUUUUCGAGAUUUUCAAUGAACCGAUCUUUCAAGCCUGGAACACGACCAUCAAGCCGUACCAUGAGAAGAUCGUGUCGGUCAUUCGACAACAUAGCUCGAACCUCAUCAUUUUGGGCACUGGCACCUGGUCCCAAGAUGUGGACAUUGCUGCCGAAGACCCAGUUGAGGGAGAGAAUCUUGCGUACACUAUCCAUUUCUAUGCCAACACCCACAAGCAGGAGCUGCGAGACAAGGUCCUCAAGGCUUUAGAGUCGGUGGCCAUCUUUGCCACGGAGUGGGGCACUUGCGACGCCAGUGGGGAUGGCACUUUGAACCUUGCAGAGACGAAGACCUGGCUCGACUUCUUUGAAGAGCAUCAUAUCUCUGACGCCAAUUGGGCCAUCAGCGACAAACAGGAAGCCUGUUCAGCCCUUCUUCCAGGCGCCAGUGGUGAUGGCGGUUGGGAGGAUUGUGAGCUGACAGAGUCGGGACACUUCGUGAGGUCAACCCUAUUGGGUGAGCCUAUGCCAGCCACAUUGCCAGAGCCCUGCCCGAGGCUGACAACGCCUCCUCCAGGGAUGUGCGCAGAUUCUACGGAGGAUUGCUCAAAGAAGAAGUGUUGCAAUGACUUGGGUGCCAAGUGCUUUCAGAAGAAUAAGUACUGGGCCUCGUGCAAGUCCAGCUGCGUGAAAGGCAUCGAUCCCAGCGAUCCUCCCGAGUGGGCGACUCCUUGGACUUGCAAGGUACUGACCAGAGAUGGUGACGAUGAUGAGCAGGAUUCUGCAGCUGCCAUGAACAAGGAAGCUUCCAAGCUCACCGCCUGA